AUGGCGUCCCGGUACGAACCUCCUCACACUUCUCACACUCAAACCUCCACCAACGAGACCCCCGCUCCUCAUCCUCCCUCUUCGAUUCCUACAGCGGCGACGGACGAUCCUCUCGACCUUCUUCUAGUCGAUCACCUGCCACAAACGCCACGUCGUCUACCUAUACAAGCGCAUAUCCCAAUGGAGGAAGCGGAGGAUUGUAUCCUGGUGGUAGUCAAAGUCAACAUGGUUACAGGGCUGCGACGCCGAAUUCGAGGCCAUUAUUCGGAUGCGGUGUUAUCGGAAUUAGAAUCCCAAAACGAUCAUGAAGUCGAAGGAAUCACAGCCAAGGUCAAGGCACUCAAAGAGCUUACAGUAGCAAUUGGCGACGAAAUCCGCUCCUCGUCUAACCUGGCAGAUAGCAUGAACGAAGCCUUUGACAACACCCGCCUCCGUCUCCGAGGAACCAUGAACCGAAUGCUGCGCAUGGCAGAACGGACGGGAGUUGGUUGGAAGGUUUGGCUUGGAUUUUUCCUUGCGGUGGUUUUGUUGUUUGCUUACGUUUGGCUGUUCUGA